GCGGUCGAGUUUUCCCAUAGAGACAGAAUCGUUGCUCAUAGGCGUGUCGCGCGCGUAACGCACGCCGGCGACCGAUCUGCGUCGCGCGGCCUUGCCAGCAUCGUCCGACGAACAACACCCGAGUUUAAACAAAUAGAGUCACCUGGAACAACUGGAGGGGUGCCACGCGGCUCUAUAUAGGGACUAUUCGUGCCGUGCACGGCGAGCAGACGAACGCGACGACGGCGAACACGUUUUCGAGGAAAGCCUUUCGACGCUGCCCGGCCUGGAAAAUGCAAUCAUUUCUGCUGAUAUUCUCUUCCGCCUGCCUAUUCGCACUCAGCAGCGGUGCCAUAACAGCGACCGAGUCGAAGCUCGUUACCAAACUAGCGCCCGUAAACAGCGCACCCUACGAAGACACUACCAAAGAUCUGACAGCGGCCGCCAGCGACCGAACUUCCUUGAUUCCAGCGUUCCACAUUGGUAAGGAUUAUGGGCAGCCCAGUUAUGGCUCAAGCGUGCCGUACGGGUCCUAUUACAGCUCGAUUUAUAGUCCCAGCGUUGGAUACCGCGGCGCCGGAUUGAAUCCGGGAUACUUGAACGUGGGAUACAACAGGGGAUACGGGCCGAACGGAGUCACCGGCGGCGGUCAUCUCGGAUACGGUUACUACGGGAACCUUGGAUAUAAUCCCGGUUACGGGAGCAGCGGCUACAUCGGCAAUAGUGGAUACGGCGGUUACGGAAGUGGAUUGGGCUACGGAAGUGGUUACGGUUCGUACAACACCGGAAAUUAUGGUUUAGGCUACGAUGACGGAUAUAAUGGAUACGGACGCGGCGGUUACGGACGCUAUGGUGGCUACGACGGUUACGGGUAUGGAUCAGGUUACGCCGGCUACGGCGGGUCGAAUUACGGUUCGGCGUACGCCGCGAGGAGCAACUACGAGCCCUACAGCUACCAAGGCUACGGGAGUUACGGCUCGCCGUCGGGAUACAGGGGUUACUCUUAGCUCGCUCACGAGUUUCGGGCAUCGAUCGCGCGCACCGCCGCGCUGCGCCGAAAUGCUGCGACGCCGUUCCUGCGAAUCGAUCGAACAAUUGGACCGCGGAUUUUCUGCACUAGGACGAAAAAUUGGCCGUUCUUCUGCAAACAAUUUAAGAGCGGACGGACAACGUUGUAUCGUUUUUAAGGCAUUAACGUUACCGAUAAUGAUAAAAAAUAAAAUAUAAAAAUAAAACAAAAUAAAAUAA